GGCGGCGCAACCGCGCACGCGCGCGGAGACACGUAGGCGGAAGUGGCGCGCGGGCGCCGGCGAUGCGAGCCCCCUGCGAGGAGGCGGCGACCGCGGUGGGAAGCGCAGGAGUAGGCGGAGAGGAGAAGAAGGAGAUGCUUUGUGGGAAAUUUCAGUGGCGAUGUCAAUAUUUUGGCACAGAUGUCCAAGAAGUGACAGUGCUGGAGGGAUUUAACUCUACAUGUCCGGCACAGAACUGCGGCUCCUAAGAUUGCCAAUAGAUCAUUUAAAGCAUGAUCUAUAAAGAAAGUCAGAUCUCAGUCUGCAAGAUGACUUAAAAAGUCUUAACUCAGAGAUGACUGAUUGAAGCAGUGUGGGAAGGAAGAACGAUAUAUAAAGAAGAAGAAACAGGACUUGCCUCAGCAAGCACAAGAAACACUGAACAAAGGAGAGGAAACCAACAAAGAUAAUUUUAGAAGCACUGAAUGCAGCAAAAUAAGAACAAUGGAUCUCAAGUUCAACAACUCCAGGAAAUACAUUUCUAUCACUGUUCCUCCCAAAACACAGACAAUGUCACCACACAUCAAGUCAAUAGAUGACAUUGUAGUGCUUGGCAUAAAUCUCAGCAGAUUUAACAAACUUACUCAGUUUUUCAUAUGUGUUGCUGGAGUUUUUGUAUUUUACCUAAUUUAUGGAUAUUUACAGGAAUUAAUAUUUUCAAUGGAGGGUUUUAAGUCCUAUGGCUGGUACCUUACGUUAGUACAGUUUGCAUUUUACUCCAUAUUUGGCCUAAUAGAACUUCAGCUUAUUCAGGACAAAAGGAGAAGAAUACCAGGAAAAACCUACAUGAUAAUAGCUUUUCUAACUGUGGGUACUAUGGGGUUAUCAAAUACUUCCUUGGGCUACCUGAAUUAUCCUACCCAAGUCAUCUUCAAGUGCUGCAAAUUGAUUCCUGUUAUGCUAGGAGGAGUUUUUAUUCAAGGGAAGCGUUACAAUAUUGCAGACGUGUCUGCUGCAGUAUGUAUGAGUCUUGGCCUGAUAUGGUUCACCCUGGCUGACAGCACGAUUGCACCAAAUUUCAACCUGACAGGUGUGAUUCUUAUUUCCCUGGCACUGUGUGCAGAUGCUGUCAUUGGAAAUGUCCAAGAGAAAGCUAUGAAACUGCAUAAUGCUUCUAAUUCAGAAAUGGUUUUGUAUUCAUAUUCAAUUGGUUUUGUGUACAUUUUAUUGGGAUUGACAUGCACUAGUGGAUUAGGCCCUGCAGUAACAUUUUGUUCAAAGAAUCCAAUUCAGACCUAUGGUUAUGCUUUCCUUUUUUCCCUCACUGGGUAUUUUGGAAUCUCCUUUGUUCUGGCUUUGAUUAAAAUUUUCGGUGCACUUCUUGCUGUAACAGUGACAACAGGAAGAAAAGCCAUGACCAUUGUACUUUCAUUUAUGUUCUUUGCUAAACCAUUCACAUUUCAGUACGUAUGGUCUGGUUUGUUAGUUGUCCUCGGUAUAUUUCUCAAUGUUUACAGCAAAAACAUGGAUAAAAUAAGACUACCAUCACUGUAUGAUCUGAUAAACAAAACACUGGAAAUGAGAAAGUCAAGGACGUUGGCACAAACUGUGUAGGGAGUGAUUCGUCCUCUUUAAAAUAGAAUUCUAAGGGAACAAUCAUCAAAUAAUUAAUUUUCCAAAGGGAUUAUUACAAAAACCAAAGGAUCUGAAGGCAUGCUGUCCUUUUGUGGAUAGGUCACCUGUGAAGUCAGCCUCUUCCUCGGAGCACUUGUUUAACUGUUUGACUUCUGAAGCAAUCAAGAGAGCCACAUUUGCCACACCUUAGAAUAAAAUGUCAGUGUGAAGGACUCAUCUUAGCAGUCUGUUGAGAAUUUCACUGGAAGUGGACCAUGCUGCAAAACUAAUUGGAUAUCAUUAUGAUAUAUCAAAGAAAUUGAUAUAAUAAUAUCAAUUAAUUGUUUUGUCUUCAUUCCAUUUUGUUGGUGUUAUUUAAAUGAUUCUCUGUUAUAAGAGUGAACAGAUGAUUUAAAGUCUAGAAAGAAUUUCAUUAUAAUAAAAAAUUAUUCUUUGA